UUUAAUCCAGAACAUGGUGGGAGAACACAAACAACAAACCAAAAUUUUAGCGAAUGAACGGAAAAUGGACCAACAAAAUCAAGAACAAUUAUAUAAAGAGAUUUUGAAACUGGAGCAGACAAUAAUUGAACAGAAAAAGGAAAUGAAACAACUUCAAAAUCUUUACCAGGACAUGCUGGAAAAAAAUGGCCGAUUAGAGGCAAAAAUUGAAACCCACAUGAUAACAGCUCAGAGUGAACAAGAUGUACUUUUAAAUGAGAUCUCUUGCAAAGAAGAAAUUAUCCAUAAAAUGAAAUUGCAGGAAAUUGAUCAUGAAGAAAAGUUGAGUAUAGCAGAUAAACAGAUUCAACAUCACAAGAGUUUACUUCAAGACUUGCACCACAAGUACUUGGAUGUUACAGAUUAUGUAAAAGAAAAAGAAGAGGUAAUUCAAUUGCUAUCGAAACAACUCGCACAGGCAAAUGCUGCAAAAGAAGAUGCAAAGAUAGAGGUGAAUGACUGUGGGGAAACAAUAAGGCAUUUACAUCAGGAACUGGCCUCACUACAGACUUCAGAAGACUCGGCGAGGAAAAGCGUUAUUGUUAAGGAUCAUAUUAGCAUUGAGCUCUACGGCGAAUGUGAGAAUCUAAAACAUAUUCUUGGAGAAAUGCAGUUCAAGCUUAGCAGCAAUGACGUAAAGAUUAAUGAGCUCAACUCUGAAGCUGAAAUCUUGAAAUCUGAAUUGCAUAAGAAAACAGAAGAGAUAAAUACCCUGGAAGCUCAAAUUCAAAUGCAACAAGAACGUAUGAACAGAGCCAGAGACAGACUGAAGGACACAAAGAAAACAGCUGCAAUCAAGAUACAUGACAAAGAAUCCAAAUGUGAAACCCUACAGAAGGAACUAUUAAAAGCUCAAAACCAGUACUCUGCCUGUUAUGAUGAGUUACUCCACCGGGAGAAACUUUUACAUAAACUUAAGGAAGAAAAUAUUCAACUGACAGAGCAAAUCAAGCAGCAGUCCCAGGAUAUUUCCAAGAUGAGUGAAGAAAGGAAGAAACUAGACUUGAAACUGGCAGUUGUCACAGAGAAACAUAAAACUGCACAACAAGAGGUUAAUAACAGAGAUCAAAUCUCAUUGCAACUUAAGACAGAAUUGAAAACAUCACAGGAGAAAUAUUUUGGCUGUCAGGAAGAGUUGAGAAUUCAAGAGGAAGAGGUCACAAGGCUGCAGCAAAAGUCAAAAUGUUUGCAGACGGAAACCCGUGAACUAUGGGAAAAAUGCAAUAAGCAGGAAGAUCAACUAAGUCAAACUGAAAAAGCAAAACAGCAACUUUUGCACGAUCAAGAAAUUCAUCUGGGACAGAUUCAGAACUAUAUCACAACAGUAGAAAAAUUGCAGAAAGAUUUGGAUAUUGCUAAACAAGUCCAUACUGCAGACUUAGAGCGAUGGAACCAAAAGUCAUCACUAAUGCAAAAAGAAUUUGUUCGCAUCACUGAAGCACAUCAAGAGGAUCUGCAAAAGCUACAAGUGUUCAAAGACAAAGUAGCUAGUCUUGAGAUAAAUUUAGAGAAGGCUGAUUUUAUUUAUCAUGAAGAAAAACAGAAGGUGGCUGGAGAGAAAGAAGUAACUGAAAAGCAAAAAGCCAAAAUUGCACACUUAAUGGAGCGUAUAAAAACUAUUGAACAAAAGAUUGUACAGAGCUGUGGUGAGACCAAAACAUGUGAAUCAUCUCUAGAGUUAUACAAAAAGAAAUAUCGUGCCUGCAUUGAUGCUAUUAAAUCUCUGGAAAAACUUGUGGAAAGUCUACAGAAAGAAGUAAAAGAAUCAGCCACUGAGAUUGCUAACCAGAAGGAGACAAUUCAGAGAAAGGAAGCUGAAAUAUUGAUUCUUCAACAUCAAUACAAAGAAAAAAGCGAACAGGUACAAACCUUUGAAGACCUGAUUGACCAGUUAACCAGAGAACUGCAUUCCUCCAAGGAUGAUGUUAAAUUGAACAAAGAGCAAUGUCUGCAACAAGAGCAGUUGGUGAUGACUAUGAAACAAAAGGUUGAUGAGCUACAACAGCAGAUAUCAGAGAGUGAUGAUAAAAUGAGUACCAUUUGUUCUAACUUCAAGACAUAUGAGAGCAAUCAUAGCCAUUCCAAUGAAGAAUAUCACGCACAGACUUUACAACUGCAGAUAUACCAAAAUGAGAUUGAAAACGUGAAAAAACAGCUCAAUGAGAAAGUUUUAAAACUUGAAGACUACCAGAGGGUCAUAGAAGAACGAGAUGCAGACGCUGCUAAUGCUCUUAUUCAACAGAAAACAUAUUCCCUUGAAAUUGAAGAGCUAGAAAAGACUCUUCAGGCUCUGCAGCUGAAUAUCAUGACAUCCCAGCAGCAUCACCAAGUGCAACGUGGUCAACUAGAUCUGCACAUUGCUCAGCUUAAUGAAGAACUCGCCCAAGCCAGGAAAAUCUGUACUCAAAAAGAUCAGGCAAUAGGCAAAAGAGAUGACCUUCUGAGAAAGUCGGAAGCUGAUCUCCUGCAGGCAAGAGAAGGUAUCAAAGAAAAAGCGGCCGAGGCGGAGCACCUUGACAGCGUGGUCAAGAAAUUGGAAGAGAGCAUCCUGAAUGCAGAGAAAAAUAAGAAUCAAAAGGAGAAAGAAAACAAUGCACUCAGAACCGAGGCUAAGGAACUCAGUCAAGAGCUACAGGACAUGCAUAAGCUGUACAGAGAGACAGCUCAAGAACUUGCCAGUCAAGAAGAAAAACUUCUUCUCCUGGAAUCCAGUUUGAAAGCAACUCAGGAGCAGCUAAGCGAGCAAAUAGCUGAGACCGUUCGCCAAGAGCAGAACAGCAGAAAAUUCCAGACAGAAGUGAGGACCUUAAAAGAACGUGUCACAGCUUCUGCAGAUGAAAGUAGUGAAUACAAAGGGAUGCUUGACAAAUUAAAGGCUGAAUUAAUAUCAUUAAAGGCUGAACAUCGUCAGACAGUCCAAGAAAAUAUGCAGCUUCAACAAGUGAAUCAUAAACUUGAUAUUGAGAUGGCCUCUGUCCAAGAGGAUGUCAAAAAUCGGCAGCAACAGAUCCAGAAAUACGAAGAAAUUGUGAAAUGCUUGCGCGAAGAGUUAAGUCAAAUGCAGCAUCGUGAUAAAGAUGAACAAACAUAUAUUGAAAUGCUAAAGAAAAAGCAUUUGGAUAUGGAAUCAGAGAUGGAAAGCCUGAGGGUCAAAAGGAAGGGUGAUGUUCAAAUGAUUAAAGACCAGGAGAACCGUUUGAUGAGAUUGGAAGAAGAAUUGUCCCAGAACCGGGAAAAAUAUAGCUGUUCCUGCACCGAGCUUUUAGAACUUCAAGCACAACUCAAAGUUUGCCUUCUUAACCUUAGUACAGCAGAACAACAGAUAAAACAUUUGACUACACAGGCAGAAUUUUAUGAGGAAAUGUUACCAAAACUGCAAGAAGAUUUGGAACAGUCAAGGGAACAAUGUAGAAAAUGUACAAAAAGUCUGGAGACUGCUGAGCAAAAUAUACAUGAUUUAAAGUUGGAAAUGUGUUUAAUACAAGGAAAUCACAAACAGACUGUUGAUAAGCUGAGAGAAAAAACAGAGGAAAGCUGUACUAUCGGUUCAGAACUUGACAGUUUACGUCAUUGUAAUAAAAAGUUGAAUGAAGAACUUUCAGAGUUUAAAAUGAGUAGGGAACAAACCAAUGCGGUAAUGGAGACGCUACAACAUCUAAAUAAAAACACAGAAGAAGAGGCAAUACACUUGAAAAAUGAGAUCAAAGCGUACGAAGAAAAGCAUAGCGUAGCACAAAAGGAGCUGGAAAUUCUGCACCAUGCUCUGGAAGCAACACAAACUGACAACAGUCGCCUCCAUCAGGAAAGUGAAUUUGUGGCUGCAAAUGUUAAUCAGUGGAUCAAACAGCAGAAGUUAGCCAAUGAAAAUUUAGCUGAAAAAAUAAGAGAACAAAACCGUCUCCUUUCCCUUAUAACAGCAGAAAGAGAUCAUUUUCAGAAAAUGGAAGAGACCUUGACAACAGAAAUUUUCAAGUUGAGAAAUGAAUCACAGUCGAAUAAAUCUGAGAAUGAUAGAUUAAAGGCAAGUAAUGCUGAACAAGAAUCACUGAUUGAGAAACUCAGAAAACAACUUGAAUUACAAACAGAAGUCUGCCUCAGAAUAGAACAGACGAGCCUUUUGGAGGAGAAACUGUCUGCCUCUGAGGAUAUGCAUGCGAGGUUAAAGGCCAAUAUGAAAUCUAUUCAUUUUCUAAGUCAGAAGCUGAAUGAAUUAAAGCACGAAAAUGGAUUUUUAAGAAAACAGUUAGAAGAUGAAAAGCUCAGAAGUCAGCAGUUUGAACUUCACAGAGAAUUACAAUGACACUAACUGUAAUUGAGCAAGGAGAGACAGUUCUUUCUGAGGAAGAGUCCACACCUGAUACCCAGUCAUUGACCAAAAUGGAGGAAACAAAAGGAAUUUUAAAAAAGUAAUCUGGAAGGCAAAUCAUAUUUGAUAGAAAAAGUUGGAGAACUUUCAACUCAACUUCAAGAAAACAUUGAAUAGUGAGCUGGAAAGAUUAGCAAACUAGUAUUUAAAAUACAACAAAAAUAUACAAGAUUUCCUAAAAAAUAUUUAUACAUUAUUACCGCUGGGUUUUUAUA